CAUCACAUCAACGAGAGCGGACGAAGACAUCGCAAAUCCUGUAAACUAAUCCCAAAAGAUGUCUGACGCUGGAGAUGAAAUCCAAGUUGACGCCCCGGCUGGUGAGGUCGAAGUUACUACCGAGGCUCCAAAGGGCAAAAUGACCGUCGAGGACGCUCUUCAGCAAGUCCUGAAGAACGCCCUUGUUCGUGACGGUCUCGCUCGUGGUCUCCGCGAGUGCGCCAAGGCGCUGGACAAGCGUCAGGCCCACUUGUGUGUGCUGGUGGAGACCUGCACGGAGGCUGAGUACAUCAAGCUCAUCGAGGCACUCUGCGCAGAGCACAAAAUCAACCUGAUCAAGAUCGACAAGGAAGGCAAUCCCCGCAAGGUUGUGGGCUGCUCUUGCGUUGUUAGCGAGGGUCUCAAUGUGCUCCUUGAAUACUUCAAGAACCGAUAGGGUGAGCGCAAUUCCAAUUUUCUUAUCACGAUGACAAAACAGACUCCCUCAACGGAGAAUCCGUUCGAUGAGGAUAACAGUCUAUCCGGAAUCACAAUAUUGUCUGAUCUAUAUUCGUGUUCUCGCAUGAAACUCGUCACUGACUGGCAUGCUCUCUAUAUUACAGAUUUUUGCGUAGCAUUGUUCACAGCAUCAGAAUAAAUGAUCCCUUUUUGUACAAUGAUGUCUGAUGGCUGAUUGUUCCUAUCAUCAACUUGAGUCCUUGGAUGUCACCGGUCAGAGACAA